AUGUACGUUGUCCUCUACCUCAGGCUCUCGGACCACAUCGUCAGGCGCGACGUGUUUGCGCUUGAACGCUAUCGCACGCUGUUCCCAAGGCACCGUCAGGCCACCACGCCCACGUCGUUUCUUCCCCAACGUUUGGAAGCUUUCAAACCAUGGCGGCCACGCGCGGCGCCCAUUCCACACAUGGCAGCUGCCCCCACCAACCCCCGCCGUCGCUCCGCACGUUUGCUCAAUGGCCCACCCGUCUCCUACGCCCAACUCAAACCCUAUCGCAAGCCCCACAAGCCCGAUGAGCUCUGGUUUGAGGCUCUUCGCGUCCAUCAGCAGCGCACCUUCCAAGGCCGGCAACAGUUCCUCGUCGAGUGGGCGGAUACAGACCCGAUCAGUGGCGCUGCUUACCAGCACUCUUGGUUGGCUUUACACAAGCUGAGCGAGCGUCUUCGUCUCAGUUGGGAGAGAGAGAAGGCUCGCCAGACUGAAGUCGCUACCUUGCGCCGGAAGCCUGUGCCAACACCCGAGGAACAGCUGCGGUUGAGGGAGCUUGAAGACGCCAGCGCCGAGUAUUUCUCUGCACCCAGUGCAGGCGAUGGCUCAGAUGCGUCAAGCAGCAGCGGCUCCGAGAGCCCUCUGAACGAGGAAGCAGCUCAGGACGAGCAUGGUUCUCACGAGGGCGACAAGGAACCCCCUGCUCGCGCUUCUGACGAUUGUAGCGCCGGCUGCUCAAUCUGCGAGGAUCCAGCGCAGGCUGAGGACGGGGUUCUGAUUUCACCCUGCUGUGGUAAGUCCCGUUCCGCUUCGUACGCGUGCACAGUUGACCAGUCAGGCCAGUCUAUGUGCUUACAUUGUGUAAGCGGGUGGAAGGACAAGCCUUGCCCCUUCUGUCGCGCCCGCCCUCGACAAAGCAUUUAG